AUGGCAAAGUCAGUCGACUACUCGCUGUACCUCGUCACAGACUCCACUCCGGCUAUUCUGGGAGACAAAGACCUUGUGGCUGUGGUCAAGGCCGCCGUCGAAGGAGGAGCGACCAUUGUGCAGUACCGUGACAAGACAUCUGACACAGCCGACCUCGUACGAAUCGCAAAGGAACUGCACAGUGUCACCAAGCCUGCGAAUGUGCCGCUGCUCAUCAACGACCGCGUAGAUGUUGCUUUGGCUGCUGGCGUGGAAGGCGUUCAUGUCGGCCAAGACGAUCUCGAUUUGAAGUCUGCGCGGCAGAUUCUUGGACCAAAUGCCAUCAUUGGAGUCACGGCUAAUAGCGAGGAAGAAGCUCUCGUGGCUGCGAGAGAUGGGGCAGAUUAUCUGGGUCUUGGAACUGUCUUCGCCACACCAACGAAGGAGAACACCAAAUCCAUCAUCGGCACUGUGGGAGUCCAACACAUUCUAUCGUCACUUGCAAGCCAAGGCCAUGAUGUGAAGACUGUCUGCAUCGGUGGCAUCAAUGCUGGAAACACCCAACGCGUCCUCUUCCAAACAGCCUCGCCACAGAAGAAGCUGGAUGGAGUCGCCGUUGUGAGCGCGAUCAUGGCAUCUGAACGGCCCAAAGAAGCGGCUUCCAAGUUACAAUCACUCGUCAAGCAGCCUCCGCCGUUCGCGACAUCAUCUUCCAAAAAUCCACUUUCACGGCAGGACAUCGUCAGCAAAGUCCCAGGCAUCAUCAAACGAAUGGCAAGCAAGAAGCCUCUCUGCCACAACAUGACCAACCUCGUCGUACAGAACUUCGCUGCCAACGUAGCCUUAGCCAUAGGCUCGUCGCCCAUCAUGUCCAACAACGGACUCGAAGCCGCAGACCUCGCGUCUCUAGGUGGAAGUCUAGUUAUCAACAUGGGCACGACGACCCCGGAGAUCAGAGACAACCAUCUCAAAGCCCUCGCAGCAUACAACGCCGUCGGUGGCCCAACUUUGCUGGACCCAGUCGGCGCCGGCGCAACGGAGCAAAGACGAGCAGGCGUCAAGGCACUCAUGGCAGGCGGCUACUUCGACGUGAUCAAGGGCAACGAAGGCGAGAUCCGACAAGUCUCGGGCGCAUCAGGGGUCAAGCAGCAUGGCGUUGAUUCGGGUGUUUCCCAGCUUUCGUUAGACCAACGAACCGCUCUCGUCAAGAGCAUAGCCUCGCGAGAACACAACAUCAUCCUCAUGACCGGCGGCACAGAUAUCAUCUCCGACGGGGAGCGGACUGUGACCAUUAGCAACGGUCACGAGUAUCUGGGUGAAAUCACGGGCAGUGGGUGCACGCUAGGAACUACUAUCGCGAGCGUCAUGGCCGUGGAGCGGGAAGACAAAUUACUAGCCGCCGUCGCCGGCAUCCUCAUGUACGAGAUCGCGGCCGAGCGGGCCGCCGAGCGAGCAGACGUCAAGGGGCCGGGCACAUUCGUACCUGCUUUCAUCGACGAGCUGUACGGCGUGAGACAGCAGAGCACAAAUGGCCCAGGCUUGUGGGCUCAGGCAGCGAAGAUCGAGGUUGUGUAG